AUUUUAACGACCUCAUCUACUUCUGUGUGUGGCAAAUGUCAACAGCACAAGCAUGCCCAGUGAUGUGUCCCAAAUAAACAUCACACGAGUUCCAUGGUCGUGAAGCCGAUUCCCCAUUCCUGUUGGAAACUGAGCAAGAGUAUUGUUCCGCUCCCGGUUUGAUGUUUUCGAUUUCCAGACUUCCAUUCGCCAAAAACCUUUACAACACAAUGCAACAUCCAAUCCCUCCAGAGAUGUACCUGACAUUACAUUUUUAUGACACUUUUCGGAAAAAUUACCCAAGGACUAUAUCGCAAUUUCUGCUGCGGGUUGAAUAUGGGCUUCCUACCCACGCUACGAAAUUGGAUGAAAACGCAUUGCUCAAGUGGCUGGAACUUCACCCCGACAUUGGACUUUUGCACGCUGGAGUGUCCUUCGAAGAGUACGUCAAGUCAUUGUCAAUGAAGGAUCUUCAGAAAGAAUUUCCAGAAUUUGUUUCAGAUAAAUUUCUUCAGAAAAAGGACUUUUGUGUCUACAUAAACACUUUCUUCGACUGGGAGGAAGUCAAAGGGAAGAAGUUGGGAGAAAUUGAAAAAAUUGUCCGUGCUGCAGCAGGUGACAACACGAAAAAAAUGGGAAUUUACGUUGGAAAGUAUGGCGGAGGACAGAAGUCGAGGCCCGGACACAUGUAUGAAGGAGCUUGUUUUGAUUUCCUGGAGGAAAAUGAAGGAUCAGUUGGCUUCACGACUUUUGUGAUAAAUUGCAACAGCCCGUCGGGAUGUAUUGCAACAUCAACUGGAGCGGACCUGCGAAAAUUGGUCACAGAGUCCGAGGCCAUUGCUUCAAAACUGGAGGCCUUUAUAAUUGAAUUUGGCUUUUCUCGAGAAAAACUUCCCUUUAACGGAAUGCGCCAGUUCCUCAUCAACAAGAAGAGGGAACCCGUGGACGAUAAAUCAAAAGAGAAGGCUCAACGGUUGGCGAAACAGGCAUCGAUUUUUGAUUUUUCCGUAAAUAAGGGAUACUGUGCUGAUGGAGAUCAGGAAUUUCUUUGGAAAGGCAACGCCCCCCUCUUCUUUAAAGAAAGGAUUGUGACCUCAGCAGAGAAGAAGAUAGAUGUUGUUGUUAUUUCUUAAGAAAGUUAUUUACCAUCGACUUACUUUAUUAAUCACAAUCGUUAAUUAUUAUUUAGCUGCGUUUGUUAUUACAUCGUGUAGCAAUAAAAAAAAGGUUUCCUUAUUUGAUGUUGAUUGUUGAUUCGACGUGUAAAUCUACUUACACCUCGCUCCAGGCAUUACGUAGGCAGAGGGAAAGCGUUCGAUUUGGCCCCACUGUGACAGCAAGUACAGACUAGACAAAGAUAUGCAUCGAGAUCCAUUUCGUUCGUUAGCUGCGUUAAAGUAAGUAAUCAUGAUGCUUUUACUACUAAACUUCCGUUCCACUAUCAGCAUCAAGUAUUCAAACUAUUUACAACAAUGUGAUGCAGUCGAAGGUCUUUGUGGAAACUCUUUGGACUCGGUGUCCCUGUCUAUAGGGCCCUAUUAUAACACUUUGAAGAGGGAUGUUGUUGGUAUUUCUUAAGAAAAUUUAAUUAUUUUAUUCUGUGGUUCACUUUAUAACU